CCUGAUGAGAGGUCUGGAAGUUUGCAGGAAUUCAGCAGCGGAAGCUCACACCCUAGAGGAUAUGAAGAGUUUUCCCUAAACAUACCAGCUGCUGGUGGUGGUAUUAUCAUCGUUAAGUCGUGCUGCUAAACUUUAACAAGGCGUGUUGUUUGAUUCUAAUUAGCAUCUGGCAGAUUGGGGAUACAACUCUGAGCUACUGAAAGGCUUUAGGUGCUUCACAUGUUCAUCAGUUUUAUGUUUCAGGGGGGAAAAAACUCAGAUCCGGAUCACUGAGCAUCUUUCACUGUCAGAUAAAUGGACUCGUACUUGCUCCACGAAGGAGGGGUCAGGGAGAAAAGAAGGACUUCCUUUCUAUAGGAAACUUUUCACAUCUAAUUCACACAGAGGUCCAGACAGAGAGAGAGAGAGAGAGAGAGAGAGAAGGAGGGAGGGAGCUGCUGACUCAGGACUUUCCCCCUCCUCCGUCCCCGUCUUCUGAGUGGUGUGAAGCGGCAGCACAGACGUGAACGAGUUACAGCCAUGUCGGGCAUCCUCCUCCUCCUCCUGUCCUUAUCCUGCCUGGUGGCCACGGUGCCUCCUCCAGUCCCCUGCAGACACUGCUGUGAUCACCUGGAGCCAGCAGAGGGCAGCGGCGCCCAGCCAAGAAGUUAUGCCCCAGAGGUCCGCACAUACAUCAACAUGACCAUUCUGAAAGGUGACAAAGGAGACCGUGGUGAGAGAGGGACACCAGGCAAAGCUGGACUUGAAGGACCUCCAGGCUCUAUUGGGCCAGCGGGAUCAAAAGGCUCUAAGGGUCAGGCUGGUCUCCCAGGAGACCCCUGCAAAGUCCAGUACUCCGCUUUCUCCGUCGGCCGUCGAAAAUCCCUCCACAGCCUUGACUCCUAUCAGACGCUUGUGUUUGACACGGUUUUCGUUAACCUCGACGACCACUUCAACAUGUUCAAGGGAACAUUCAUCUGCCACAUCCCAGGGAUCUACUUCUUCAACGUCAACAUCCACACGUGGAACUUCAAGGAGACCUACCUCCACAUAAUGCAGAACGACACGGAGCGGGCGAUUGUGUACGCUCAGCCCAGCGACCGCUCCAUCAUGCAGAGUCAGAGCCUUAUGCUGGAGCUGGAGCUGAGCGAUGAGGUGUGGGUCCGUCUGUACAAGAGGGAGAGAGAGAACGCCAUUUACAGUGACGAUGUAGAUAUGUACAUAACGUUCAGUGGAUACCUCAUCAAGCCCAGUGAAGAGAGGGAAUGAGUUGGCUGAGUAUUACUGUACACGGUCGAGCUCGAAAGCAAUUUACCACAAAACUGUCCUUGUAGAUAAACACAUAUUCAACAUGAUAAAAAUGUCUAUAUAAUAAGAAAGACUCCUAGCUUUACCAGAUUUCACUGGUGGGCUGAAAAAAAUCCACACAACACUGUAAAACUUUGAUAAACCAGAGCCAGUGUGCGGCCCAAUAACACUUUGUUAAUAGUAUAAAAUUAAAACAUUUGUUUCACUAGUAUAAAUUUAUACUACUAUAAUCUUUUUAGGUUCAAGAAGAGCCAAACACGCGGAUUCGGGUUAAAAUUUCAAUAUUAAUAUUAAGAAAACAUGAAGUCGUCACUGAUUUAAGAAAACAAAACAAAACAUUUAACAAAAUCAACAAAUAAUGAUUUAAAUAUUAAAUAAUUUAAAUACUGCACAGCAGUGAGUGGCCUAACUAAAUAAAAUGGGCAGUGUGUUUUCUGCAGUAAGUAUAGAAAAACAAUCACCACAUGUUCACACGUCAACUGCACUGCAGACCAAAAAGCAGCAAGAUCUGUCAAGAAGUCUCAAGUGGCCUCUGCCGCUUAGAUCUACUACACUGCAUGCAAGAAGCAGUGAGAAAAACCACACCAGCUCUCUGCAGCGCUUCCACUGUCUAGUCAAACAUAAGGCCCUGGGGCCACAAUCGGCCCAGCGAAGACUUGAAUCUGGCCCACUGGACGGCUUUAGUAAAUGUAAGGAGUGCAUACAUAUUUAACUUUUAACUGUAUUUCCAUAAGUUUUACAACUUUUCUUAUUAAUAAAGACUGCCCACCCCUGUUGCCAUUCAUACAACACCAGAGUUUUUAACUAACAGAUAAACAAUUAAAUGACAGGACAAGUUCCUGUGGUUCCACUAACUCCACACUAAAUUAACAACAAUUUUAUCUUAUAUAAUUACAGGAUAGCGUGUGCAAUGAACUAUCUUUAAAUUUUUAAAUCAUUUUACACAGUUUGGCUGCUCUGACAGGUCAAAGCGGGCUGUAUGUGGCUCACUUUGUAAAAUGAGUUUGACAUCGCCGGUCUAGAACCAAAAAAAGAGAAAGAAAGGGUUUGGUGACCCUAAAACCAGACCAGAUUGGUAUCUAUAAGGGCAAUGCUCUGUAUGACUCUAAAAAAAAAAUAGAAAAAGAAAAACUUGAAUUAAAAAUCUUUAUCUCAGGGAGGACAAAAUAAAAUCAUUUAAAACAGGAUACAUCAAACAAUAGCCUAGGCCCUGAAAUCUGUGUUUAGAUUAGAUUCCCACUCUAACAGGUAUCACAGGAUAAGGUUGCAGGGUCUGCUUUGAGCUUCUGACAGGAGUGUAACAUAAGCCCUUCUCUUCUUCAGCCGGGGGCUCAAAACCAAAGUCAGUCUGACUUUGGAAAACCAAGACAAUGAGUCACAUCACCUCCUUGCACCAACGACUCUUAUACACAGAUCCAGCAUCAAUCAAACAGACCCUCAUUACUUUCAGCUGUGCUCAUAAAGGGAAAAAAAUGACUACCCACACCUGCCUGGAAGAGAUGGUGCUUAGUCUUAGCUCUCACAAAUGUGAAACACGCACAUCAGUUAGCUUUACAGGUGACUGUGGGCAGAUUGUGUUACCCUUACCUAAAGGUGGGGAAACUGUUUCCACUGUGCUGAGCUAAGCUGGCAGUUGUAGUUUCAUAUUUGCCAAAUGAGAGAGGUAAAUAUAUUCUUAUGAACCUUUCAGGAAAAAAAAAAGGUUUGCACUUAUAUAACAUUUUAAACCCACAAAGCAAUUUCAUUGUGUUUCUCAAUCCCAGACAUGUUUUUAAACCAUCAAAUAUCAAAUAAGUCUUGGUUUAUAAUCCAUCACUCCUGCCCCUGAUGUGUAAAACUAGAUGCAUUAAACAAAGCAAUAACUUUACAAAGAUGCAGGCUCAAUAUUUUUUAUUCAACAAGAAAAACAAAAUUAUAAAAAAGAUGAUGAAGUCGAUGUUCUGUAUUUGGUUUUCAGGAGCAUUUUAUAUGACAUUCACUGGGAAGAUUUGCUGUUAGUGAUUUUUGCUAAAACACGGUGCUAACUGAACUCCUGCUGCAUGAUCACUCAUCAUGGGUGACGUCAUGGCGGUUACAUCCAUCUUUUAUAUACAGUCUGUUCCACCUUUAAGGUAGUGGCGUUGAUGAUCUAACAGCAGUGAACACUCCUUACCCAGCUUUGGUUAUUCCGUGACUGGAAUAAAAAGUGAAUGUUGUUUAUAGCAACAAUAAUGAUAAGAACAUCUUUUUGGACACAUGUCGAAUGUAAUUCUGACUGUGAGCCCUUCUUAUUUCAUGUCCACUCAUGUCAGUCCCCACAGAUUGACAUGAGUUAUAUAAAAUAAAUGAAAGAAGCAGAUAAAGGGUUACUGUUCAUUUGUUUCUACUCACCUAAAGUAUUUUUCUUCCAUUCACCUGUUCACAUUACCAUAAUGUGUCCCUAGGGUCAGUCCUUCAGCUCGAACCUGCAUCAUUAAACUUGGAUUUGUUGAUUUAUUGUCAGGGUAUGAUGGGUUUCCAGCCAGUCACACUUAAAUCACAGCACCUUACCUGCCUCACAAAACUGGGCAUAGUCUGGAAGCAUGUUUAAGCCAUGUCUGAGUUUGAGGUAUACAUGUUGUCUUUUCAGUUUGAAUUAAAGCCAUGAUUAUGUCUGUUUGCUCUAGUAUAUCGGUGCCCAGAUGAAGCACUGCCAUCCGCGACAAAAUGACUGGAAGAUGGUGAUAAACUUGUCCACACUGACACCUUGAGGAAUAAAAUGAGAGGUGCUUCAUAUUUAACUGCAUUCGGUUGUAUCUGACCAAUCUUGAUGACUAGAAUUUUUGUCCCACCUGUGAUAUGAAUCACAAUUAUAUACAAGCAUAAACAAACUAAAGCAAGUGGCGAGCUGAAGUGUUCACGCUUGAGACAUGGUCAGCAUUUCCUGUUAACAUUUUUGUGGGCUGCACUGGUUUCCUGUUAUUCUCUUAGAAGCCAUGUAUUUUUCACCACGAUUCUCAGCUCUCAUUCCAAGUGAUAGUUGUGCUUUACGUCUGGUAGAUUAAUGUUAGUAUUGCACAUAAUCACACUAAAGAAGAGCAGAUUAAUCUUUCCUGCCCCACAACGUUAUUUCUCUAAAUUCCAGCUACAUGAUUAUUUCUAAAAUGUGCCAUCAAGUUCAAAUAUGACAUUUUUUGUGUUUUUAACAUCGGUUGAGAUUUAGUAGGCUAUGGUUCUUGCACUGCAGUUCAAACAAAGUGUUCAAGGCUCCCAUUUAUUCAUGAUUUUUAUUUCUGCCAAUAAAUAAAGUCAAUUCUUUGCACUUUCA